AUGCACUCUGAAAACUUCGCUGCAUCCUCACCACCAUGUAGCCGCAAGCUCAACGAAUACCUAGAAUGUCAAGGUGGAAGAAGGUGCUGCUGAGCAUAGUGCAACAACACUGCUGUAUCCUCCCAGACAGGAACACAGAUCAGCUGGAUUCAUGGUCUCCACCGUCGUACUUCGAUGAAGACAGCUACCCCUCCCCUCCCAGGAAUAUGAAAGGUUUAUCAAGUGGCCGUCCUCAGCUCACCUUUACAUCAGGACACACCUGUGGGCUGCCAGACUGCGAUCAGUCCCUUGAUCACUUGCAGCAUGUCGGCCCCGACCCUCGCUCUCCCUACCUGCUCAGCCCGACCGAGAGCUUCCCUCUGGAUCCGCACCGCUGCUCGCCCCGCAGCUCCAUCCACUCAGAGUGCAUGGUGAUGCCCGUUUCCAUGGCAUCUGACCACGUUUCCAGCAGCACCUUUCCCAGAAUGCACUACAGUUCACACCACGACGGCUCGCGGGAUGACGGCUCCACUUCUCACGGUGGCAACGGCGGUGGAGGGGUCGGUAUCAGUGUUGGCGGUGGUGGGGGCGGCGGGUCCGGGAAGAUGAACCGCAUUCCCGCGAACCUCCUCGAUCAAUUUGAGAAGCAGCUGCCGAUUCAUAGAGAUGGUUUCCACACGCUGCAGUACCAGCGCACGUCCGCCACCACCACGAGCAGCGAGCAGCGCAACGAGAGUCCUGGGCGCAUCCGCCACCUGGUGCACUCCGUCCAGAAGCUCUUCACCAAAUCGCACUCACUCGAGGGGUCGUCUAAGAUGAAUGGCACCAAGGGAGACUCUCGCUCAGACAGCGGACAUCACCACCACCACCAUCACGGACAUCACCAUGGAAAUCACAAACACAGCAAACGGAGUAAGAGCAAGGAACGCAAGUCAGACUCCAAGCAACGCUCAGGGAUAGCUGGCUGGUGGAGUUCUGACGACAACUUGGACAGCGACAGCACCUACCGGACUCCCAGCAUCAUGAGUCGGCACCAUGGAGAUCAUAUUACUCACUGUUACCCAGACCAUGGGCACUUUGGCGACCUUUCUCUCAAGACCUCCAAAAGCAACAACGACGUAAAAUGUUCGGCAUGCGAGAGCAUUGCUAUGGCCCCGGAGGGCAAAUUUAUGAAGCGCAGCUCUUGGUCGACGCUAACCGUCAGCCAGGCUAAGGAAGCCUACCGCAAAUCUUCCCUCAACUUAGAGAAACCGACCAUGCCUCAAGAUCUGAAGUCCUCCAUGAGGCCUUGUCAUUUUUUGCAGGUCCCUCAGGAUGAAUGGGGAGGGAGAGAUGAGGAGAUCCCAUGCAGAAGGAUGCGGAGCAGCAGUUAUGUUAAAGCCAUGGGCGAUCAGGACAGCGGAGACUCUGACGGCAGCCCUAAAAACUCCCCGCAGAAAAGCGUGCGACCCGACGCGCUCGUCAAAUCCGUGCUACAGAGACAACUUUCAGACCAGAGCUCAUACCGUUUUGACAAGUCAAGCCGGGACAUGGUCAAAUACCUCACCAAUAUCACCGCAGAUUUAAGUCAAAGCUACCAUCUUCAGACCUCUAGGGAAAUCCAUCCCAGCAUCACACUGGAACCGUCUCCCAACUACAACUCGCCAAAGUUCCGCUCCAGGAACCAGAGCUACAUGAGAGCGGUCAGCACCCUGAGCCAGGCCAGUUGCGUCAGCCAAGUCAGCCAGGUGAGCGAGACCGAGGUUAAUGGACAGUUUGAGUCGGUGUGUGAAUCCGUGUUCAGUGAGGUGGAGUCUCAGGCAAUGGAUGCUUUGGACUUGCCGGGCUGUUUCAGGACACGCAGCCACAGUUACCUGCGAGCCAUCCAGGCUGGAUUCUCACAGGACGAUGACUGUGUCCCCUCCAUGACAUCAUCAACUGUAACCUCCACCAUCAGGUCCACCACAGGAAUUCAGUUCCAUCUCCCUUCUUCAGGCAGUGUGGACCGUCCUUCCCAACAGCCACCAGAGGUCACCUACACACCCAGUACACCCACCUAUAAGAGGACCCCUCCACCCGUGCCCCCUCGUUCCACCUCGAAACCCCUCAUCUCCAUCACAGCGCAGAGCAGCACAGAGUCCACGCAGGAUGCCUACCACGAGGGACAGCUGGCCAGAGGCCUCUGGGGUUCUGAUGGGUUGAGUCUGAGUUUGGGUCGAGCCCUUUAUAACUCCACUGACAGUCUGGACAGCGCCAAGGCCGUCACUAUUGCCAUGGAAGCGGCUGCCAUGGCGAUGGCAGGAAAGAGACACCCUUCCACAGACAGCCACAGCUCAGUAAUGACCUGUGAUAAAGCUGUGCUGGUGUCCAGGGCGGAAGAAUACCUAAAAACACCAAGGUCUUCAAUAGGAAUACAGGUGGAAGCAGCGACUGAUUCUGAGUGUGAAAGCAAAGGCUCUCGAGAGUAUCAGUCUGUUGGGAUUCAAGUGGAAGACGAGAGACGACAGGGCCGAUUUAAGCGGUCCAACAGUGUCACCGCCGCCGUUCAGGCUGAUCUGGAGUUGGAGGGUUUUCCUUUAAUGGAGGAUAAAGGUCUUCAGUUUGGCGGGGGUUUCCAGCGUCACAGCGAGCCCAGCACCCCAACGCAGUACGGCGCCGUACGGACUGUCCGCACCCAGGGUCUCUUCAGCUACCGUGAGGACUACCGCACCCCCACGGAGCCUCCGAGUCCCCAGCGUAGCCCCGAGCCUUGGCUGGAGCCCUCGCCACGGGAACCUGUCGCCACUGUGGCGGUUACAGUGACGCCGCCCCAACCUUCGGAUUCGGGAAGAGCAUCCCCUUGCAGGAGGGACGGAAGCUGGUUCAUGCAGCUGCUGCACACGGAGACGAAAAAGAUGGAGGGGUGGUGCAAAGAGCUGGAGGGAGAGGCGGAAGAGAACGACAUGUCAGAGGAAAUCCUGGGGAAGAUCCGAAGUGCUGUAGGAAGCGCACAGCUCUUGAUGUCCCAGAAAUUCCAGCAAUUUUAUUGGCUUUGCCAGCAGAACCUAGACCCCAGUGCCAUGCCUCGGCCCACCUCUCAGGACCUAGCCGGGUUCUGGGACCUGCUGCAGCUCUCCAUCGAUGAUGUUACCUCCAAAUUCAAUGAGCUGCAGAAGAUCAAGUCCAACAAUUGGAGGCUUAUUGAGAGUCCUGUGAAGAAGCUCCCGCCGCCAGUACCAAAGAAGACAUUGCGUAAGAGUGUGACGAGGGAAAAAUCUUUGGAUCUCCCUGAUCGUCAGAGACUGGAGGCCCGACGACGCCUAAUGGCGGCCAAACGCGCGGCUUCAUUCCGCCAAAACUCAGCAUCAGAGCGGGCCGACAGCAUCGAGAUCUAUAUACCGGAGGCCCAAACACGGCUCUGAGAGUCACAGGGAACACCUUUAUAAUACCAUCAUCAUCAUUCUCAGUAACAGAGCCAGUUCAAACUAUCACAAUACAUUCAUCAAGCCAAUCAAAAGAAACAAGGGUUUCGUACCUGUCAAUAGGGUUUUGUAACUUGUUUCAGAGCUGCCUACAACAUCCAUGUGAAGUUUUUCCUUUUUAGGGAGACAUACUUCACCAAAAUAAACAUAUUGCACAACAUAUCGCAAUUGUAGACCCACGUGAUAAUGACAUUGCUUAAUGAAGCAAAACUUUAGAUUUAUGUCCAAUCUGAUGAUCCCUUUGUCUUUAUGACAUCCAUUUAGCACUUUCAAAAUGGGAAAAGAUGGCAUUUUUACGCCUCAAAUCUAAACAGUUUAUUUAUUUUCAUUAAAUGAAGAAACCUGAAGAAAAGUCUUUAGGUUCGGUUCAUCCGGUUCCAUCCAUUCAAGUUUGGUAGCUUUAUAUUUCCAUGGUUACAUUUAAUUUCUCUCUCUCUUUCUUUGUAUUUCUUUUUUUUUUCUUUCAUUCUCUCUUCCCAGUGAAGUCCAUAGUGUUUUUCCCAUGAACUCUUUUUUGAGCAUUUAUGUAAGUGCCAGUGCUGAAAUACCUCAAUCAUACAUUUUAGACUGAAGCCGUAGGCCAGAGCGGACAGUCACAGUCACAGCCUUUUAAAAAACAUUGUUGGUCACACUGUUAUGGGUAAACUUAAAUCUCAGCCUGAGGGUUUACACUGUCAGAGAGAUUAGAGAUCCGUUUUAUUAUUCUCCUACUUACUGAUAUCAAAUAUACAGUUGUCACACUAUACAUACUUGAUGUUUAUGGUUUAUGUCAUUCUUGAGGAAUUACAGGAUUUUGGGUGCAAUCGCUUAAACCCUAAAUUCAACAAUGCAUUUUUGCACUUUCUUCUUCUAAAUGUAUGUUUGUAUGUAUUUCCAAGGGAAAUGAAGUUCUAAAAGAUAUUGUUGCAGUUGAAUUGCAAGGUUCUGUGAGACUAUUGAUUUAUCGUUUCAGGUCUCUGAAUGUUUUCACGCCUCACAUGGUCAUUCAUCAGUUUGCAUUUAUUUUUACUGAACCAUUUUUCUCUCCAUAUGCUGUUAUCAAGCAUCUGACCCUAUCAAGCAUGUUUUCUUAUUUUUAUGUCCUUUCUAUAUGUCUUGCGCCACAGAGAAUCAAUGAUUCUUUCUCGGUUGAAGGAGAUGUCGGGUGUUCCCAUAAUUGUCUUGGCGGUUGGUGAUAGAUGAUUUAUUAGACUACCUGCAGUCCAAAUACCACACAUCUGUGAGAGUGUGCAGAAUGAUAAGUUAAAUGUAACUCUAUAAUCAAAGUAGAACUGUUCUUGAUUCUAUUUGAUGCUAUUUGUCCGAACAGGUGACUGCACAGGAUGGUUGAUUAUAUUAGAUGAUCAAAACCGAAGUUCAGUGCUACUUUGGAUUGUUAUACAAUCAUUCAGAAUAUAUCACUAAAGAGACCCACUUUCUGUUCAUGAGAUUUUAGUUUCUGCUUAAACAUCCAGCAGUUCAGCUGUAACACGUUUGAUAUUCUGUUAAUAUGGUGUAAAUGCACGAACGCUUCUGGUUGUCACGGUUGCCUCGACUUGCAGAAAGAUUUAAAAGCCUUCUCAAAGAAUUUUCAUCCACAACAUAUCAUUACAGAAAUGGACUGUCUACCAAGCACGGUCACAUUUCAUUCCAAAUUGCAAACUAUUUCCCCCACUUACUGUGUUUUUUGCCCCGACGUCAUAAAAGGCGAAGAGGCCAAAGAUUAGAGGAGAUUAGUUUGAUAACAUCUACACAAAUUCCUUGUAGCUUUAUAUUGUCAAUAUCCUUCACGAGAUGACCUUUAGAAGCAAAUAUUUUCUUUUAAUUUCUCUGUGCUCUGUACUUUUCUGCUUUAAGUCGUAGUUCAAACACAAUUACAGCAUUUCAUCCAAGAGAGGCUUGUAAUAGAAAAUGACGACUUCAUGCCAGAGGAAGUAUUUUUUUCCAAAUUGUGAGCCAAAACAAAACGUUUCAGUUGUAAAUUGUGUCUAAAGUCACGAUAGAGUGUACCAGCUCUCAUUUCACACCAACAAAAGUUUUGAUUGAUUAUUUUGCGAGUCAUUAUUUGAAACAAGUUCUGGGCAAAUUACGGCUUUGUUGUGCGAGUCGUGGCCCUCAGCGUUUACAGAAAUCCAAAGGGCAUUGCUGACGCUUUCCUGGCCUUACAAACUAGUCAAGACUGUUGAAAUACACUCUAAACUGAUGGGUUACUCUUUAAAUCAAGGUCUCGUUUGUUAACAUUAGUUAAUGCAUUAACUAACAUGAGCUAACAAUGCACACUAUAUUUUGCAGCACUUUGUUAUAGUUGGUCAUCGUUUGUUCAUCCUGAUUAUAUUAUAUUUGAUUUUUCAUUAUGUCGAAAGGGAAUGGAUUCUGAGAUGAUUAUUUUAAAUCAUGUUUUUCUCUAUAUCAGUAAUUAUGGUUGAUUAUCCGGCCCUGCAGUGUGGCAGCUGUCCUUUCUGAUUAACCUGCUCAAUUAUCAAUAUGCAAACAUGCCAGUAAUGCAGGCAGUGUUUAUAUGCCAAAUAUGCUUAUGUGCCACAUGUUUGAACAGCUUCUGCUGUUUAUAGAUCCUUACACACACACCAUCUUCCCCAUGUGUCAUCAUGAGAGUCUGGAAGCGUUAUGGUGAGCUGACCUUUAAUAAACCGCUCGGAAGAAUAAAUGCUCACUUCCCACCUUUUAAAACAGUGGAGUCAAUAAUCAAAUGUUGAUUUGUUUGUAUGGCCAUAUUUUCCUCAACAGGGUUGCACUGGGUGGUCAUCUUGUUUAACCUCAUGUACAUUUACGCUACUCAUAUGUACAUUCGCUUCAUUUAUUUCCAUCAAAAUAAAUCAAAUGUCAGUAUUUAUCAAAAAGAAAUGAUUCAUUCAAAAUGUUUUACCCUCCGAACCACAGUAUUUGAAAAACAGCCAACGGGCCUUUGGUACCGGCGCGGACUGAGAUUACCCAGUUCUUGGUUUGUUCUUCUUGGGACUGGACUAAUCCUGGAUCUCAGAAUGUGAAAAGAUUAUAAAAUCUUAGUGAAAAUAACAAGUGAAAAAGGUAGUUGUUUAGCUGAGAAUAUUUUCAUUUAUUAAACUGUAUAUCAUAUCUAUAUGAAGGGUGAAUAUAAUACCAAAUAUUCAUUAUUUGUACAGAAUUAUAUAAAUAGUUAUAUAUAAAUAUAAUAUAUAUAUAUAUAUAUAUAAAUACAUAAUUGAACCUUUGUUGAAGCAAAACUUUUUUUUCUGCUCUUCCUUAUUGGUUGAGUUGAGUUUCUCUGGGUGGCAUGCACCAUUCUGAUGCUGAAUGUGGGGUUUUCUGCUUCAUUGCUUUUCCAAAUCCCUUUUUUGAAUGUUGUUUAUUGUUACACUUAUCAGUUUAUUUUAUUUUAUAUGUAUUCAUGAAAUGUUUAAAUUGUGUUAUGAAUUUGACUUUUUGUUUUUGGUCAUCUGGAUUAUUUGUGUUUCUUUUCAUGACUUAAUUAUUGCUAUGAUCAUACAUUGUAAAUAAUUCAGUCAUUAAAUUUUUGAAGGAAAUGA